AUGAUCCAAUCCAGAUUUCUGUUCUACUUUAGAAAGGAGGAUGUUCGGCAGUUGACAGGAGGCAGUUGUUGGUUUCCAUUUUAUUACAAGCUCGUGUGGAAGCUUGACAUCCAACUCCGAAAGCUGCUGCAAACACAGACAGUGCACUGGGGCGGCUUCCCAGACAGUUAUGACACCUGGAUGUCGGCCAAUGAGGUGGAUGGAGAUGUGGAGGAUCCCCCGAGCUCUGACCGACCAUGGAAGGUCCAUGCCAAGUGGGUGCUGGACACAGACGCCUUUAAUGAGUGGAUGAAUGAGGAGGACUAUGAGAUGGAUGACAACAAGAAGCCCUUCAGUUUCCGCCAGAGGAUUUUCCCCAAAGAGGAGGAGGUACCACCACACGCCUUUCCUGUCCUUAUGGUCCCUUUGUAGCGCCGUAUCUGUCGCAUGUACAGUCUGCAUGCUUGUAUCUAGACACUGUCCGUCGGCCAUCUUUUCCUGACUUUUCCUCAUGCUUUUGUCUAUUGUUGACAGGGUUUCUGUGAUAGACUUGUUCUAUGCACAUAAGC